AUGGAGAAGACAGCGGAUGGGUUCCAUCAAGACCGGAACAAUGGAGCUGAAGAUGUCACUAUGACAUUAGUCAACAGCGACGAGAGAGUCGCUAUUCUUGACGCUGGGGCUCAGUAUGGAAAAGUAAUUGAUCGUAAAGUACGCGAAUUGAAUGUACAGUUUGAGAUACUACCUUUGGACACUCCAGCAUUUACUCUCAAAAAGAAAGGAUACACUGUACAAAAUCACUGGGAAUUGGUUAAUCAGGCGAUUAUCAUUUCUGGAGGACACAGUUCUGUUUAUGCAGAAGAUGCGCCGAGAUAUGAUGGUGAUAUAUUUCGAAUAGGUAUUCCAGUACUGGGUAUUUGUUAUGGGAUGCAAAUGAUGAAUAAGAAGUUUGGUGGUACUGUUAAUAGAAAGGAAGGACGUGAAGACGGACAAUCUUUAAUAGAAGUUAAUACCAAGUGCCUUUUAUUCAAGGGCUUGGAGAAAGAUCAAUUAGUUUUACUCACUCAUGGAGAUAGUAUAGACAGGGUUGCUGAUUGUUUUCGUGCAACAGCUAAAUCAUCAAAUUUUGUUGUUGGAAUGUUAAGUGACAAAAUGAAUUUAUGUGGAUUACAAUUUCAUCCCGAAGUUGAUCUUACGACAAACGGUAAACAAAUGUUACAUAAUUUUUUGUUCAGUAUCGCUGGUUUGACUGGUAACUAUACAAUGCACGAUAGAGAAGCCCGGUGCAUUCAAUAUAUUAAAAAGACUAUUGGCAGCAACAAAGUAUUGGUAAGUUCAUGCUAA